UUAUUUUAUACUAAGCACUGUUUUUUAAGAAGAAAUAAUUCUUUUUUCCGUGAAGCAGUUGAAUGGAAUUACUAAUACAAAUCAUUCCUAAUUCUGUUCUCGGAAAUACUGUUGUAUCUUCUUCGUAAAUCACUAAGCGGACUAAAUGCCGUCGUUAUUAUACGGAACUGUCGAAGACGAGAAGAAACAUCACGCACAAUUAGCACGUACAGAUGAAAAUUGCUUUCAUUUCCAUAGGGAUAUUUUAGAUGGAAUUUAAAAUCCCAGGGACCAGCGAUUAUUUGUGAGGAUAAAUUAUAAAGACAAGCGGGAUUAGUUAUUGUUGUGAAGUAAUUCCAGGAAAAGUGUUUUAGACACUGCCUGACAACUCCAUUUAGAAAAUUAUUUUCUCGUCUGCAAAAUGAGUUAAUGUUGAGAAAAGUAAAAUUUCGGUGCUUAUUUUAAUGAAAACCUAGUGUUUUAAGCAGACGAUAUAUGAAAAUAUAUUUCUGUGAUUAAAGUAGUUUUACGAUGCCGUGUUAAACGUUUUUCGCAAUAGUUUUAGAUAAUACUAAUGUAUCUAUUAUGGCGAAAGAGUAAUAAAGAUACCAAUGCGUUUUAGUGAAAAUAAAUAUACAUGGAAUGACGCAUAGAGAGGUGUAUACUGACUGUCGCAUUGGAUUAAACAAAUUUCAUUUCACGAUAAAUAAAAUGCACCAAGUAUUACAUUCUUGUUUUAAAUUAUAAUUGAAUGACUAACGUUAUUAAUCAGGGCCCAUAUCUCCCCGGUGAUUUAUGCAGUUCUGUUUGAUUUAAUCGGGUUUCAAGUAAAAGGAAUAAAAUUACAAUACCUAUGCGCAGUGAAAAUGCAUUUGUUAGCUGUUGAUUUUUGAAAAGGGGAUUAUAUUCCGUGAUACUCGGGAAUGUUUAUUGUAAUCAAGUUCUACGUAGCAAACUAUUUUCAUAUGUGAAAUUGAAAAAUAGUGUGAAGAAAGGAAUUUUGUAAUAUUUUUAUUCGCUCAAAGUGACAACAUUUUAGGCAGUUACUAAAUGUAAUUUAAAGUACCAAGUGGACACGUGCAAUGCUGUGACACAAGGAAAUGCUGUGACUUAUUCCUGACAAGGAUUAUUAUAAUUUCAACUUGAAGAUUGUGACAGUUCCUUCAGAUAGUUUUAUUUCAAAGAAUGGAAGUCAAGUUUCGUUGGAUUUCACCAGUUUCCUGGUUUUUCUUUAUCUGUAGUGCGCUUGCGUACUAUGACUAUCAUGAUGACGGUUAUGUGAGUGAUCUCAGUAUGGACUGGUCAAUAUUAGGGAUUCGUGCCCACCAGCCAAAAUGUGUGGAUAUACCUGACUCUAUGACUUUAUGUAGAAAUAUAGGCUACAAGACGAUGAGACUGCCGAAUCUCCUGGACCACGAGAGUUUAGCCGAGGCGGUAGACCAGGCUCGAGUCUGGGUACCGUUAUUAAACCUUCACUGCCACCCUGACACCCAGCUAUUUCUAUGUUCCCUAUAUUCACCUGUGUGUUUAGAACCUUCAGUUUAUCCAUGCAAGUCUCUCUGUGAAGGAGUCAAAAGAGGCUGCGAGGAAAGGAUUAACAAUUACGGGUUCCCGUGGCCGGAUAUACUGAAAUGUGACAAGUUUCCGGACCAGAUGUGUAUAGAGCAAGUCAACUUUGAAAACAGUAACGGAGCGAACACAAGCGCUGCAGCCAAUGUGUGUGAACCAUGUAAGAAACCUAUGACAUUUGAAAGUUUACUGGACAGUUACUGCUGGUCCACAUACGUUUUGAAGGUUAAAAUCAGGAAGGUUGUAGAUGAUGGAAAUGGUGACAAGUUACUUGUUACGAAACGCAAAAUUAAAUCAUACAAGCCAAAAUCCAUCCCUAAGAAAGAUAAGAAAAAUUUGAAAUUGAUUAUUCAGAACGGUACCAAUUGCGACUGCGAAGUGGCGGAGAAAGCCAAGAAAAGUUCUCUGGUUAUGGCAUCAAAAGUGGGCGACAAAUUCGUUGUAACCUAUGUCGGUGACUGGAUAAAAAACAAAGAAUUUAAACGCGCUAUUCGUGCAAUACGGAAAGGUCAUGACUGCAAAGUGAAGAUCGAUCCCGACCAAACUGACGCUAGCAAUGGAGGGCUUAGUAUAAAUGGUAGUCCAUUACCAACAGUGAAUGGCCCUGUUGCGGGUAAGGAUAGGAAGAAGAAGAAAAAAGACAGAGGGAAGGGCAAAGAUAAGGGCAAAGAUAAGGAUAAGAACAAAAAGAAGAAAGAUGACGAAGAUCCUAUGGCCAACUUUGCUGGUAUAGGAUGCAUCCCUUGCAAACAGCCAUUGGUGUUUGAAAAUUUGAUAACAAAAUAUUGUGACUCAAAUUUUGUUAUGAAAGUGCGAGUGAAGAAAAUAGAAAUGGAUGACAACGGAGACAAAAGAUUAGUAAUAAAGAAAACUAAAUCGAAAGAUAUUUACAAACAGGAGAAUAUCUCGAGUCGUGAGUUAAAGAAAUUACAACCUGUCAUUGCUGGGGGUUCUAGCUGUGACUGUCAGAAUGCUGCUAAGGGAAAGAAAUUAUUUGUAAUGGGACAAAAAGAAGGUCUGCGAAAUGUCUUAAAUUUCCUUAUUGAGGACGAAAAUGACAGUGAAUUCAAACGCUUUUUAAGAGCAAUAAAAAAGGGGUAUGAUUGCACAGGAGUACCGAAGAAUGAAUGAUAUCUGUAUGAUAUGAGACUGUGAUUUGUAGAUGAACGUGCUGUUACAAUUCUUUUAUUUAAGAAGACGAAACUUUCAGACAUAACUUUGUAGAGAAGUGGUUAAAACGUAUCGUUUGUGCUCAGUGCAGUGGAAAAACGCUAUCAGUGUCAUAGUUGUGAUCAGUGUUGUUGGUGACGUUGUGGGACAUUCAUUUCUUGUGAACAUAUGUUCAUUUUAUAUGAAAUAUGUACAAUUGUGAGACAAUGGACUCUAGACUUUAAAAUUACAUGUUGAAUUAAAGCGAUUAUAUUGUAGUUGCACUGACCCCUUCAAAAGUAUUGUCUAACAUGACAGAUAUACCACGUAUUAUGUUUUGUGAUAAUAGAGGAAUAGCUUGUAGCAAGUGGUAUGGUGUAUAUUUACUUGAGGAAUAGCUUGGAGCAAGUGAUGUGGUGUAUAUUUACUUGACAAAUGUAAAUGAAUAAAGGCGUAAGAAAUUAUCUUCAGCCUUGGAAACAGUAUAUUGAAAACGUUAUAUUUAAUGUUCUAGUAUUAGCAUAGAUGUGAAGGUUUCACUGCAAGGUGACAUGACCUGUUACACAAGGUGACAUGACCUGUUACACAAGGAGCGUACGUGGCGAAAAGGUGUAUGUGUUUUGACGAAGGAUUUUUCGUGCAUGUGUUGUGUUAAUGAUAUGAAUUUUGUAGAUAGCUAUAUGAAAUGUUGAUUAUUUUAAUGUGUAUUGUUUUUUAUUAAACGUUUCGUUAUGUAUAUUUUGGUACUAUAAGAUUAUGAUAGGUGAUAUAUGUUAAAAUCCAGAUUCAGAAGUAUCCAUGUGUAUGUGCUUUGUUCUCUAUUCUAUAAUAUAUUUGAAAUCUUGAAAAGUAAAACAUAAAUUGUCUUACGAUAAAUAUACUCACCAAUAUUCAAAACAUACGUUAUCACAAUUAAAGAGCUUUGGGAAACAUAAACAAGCCUAAAAAGUAUAGAAAUGAGAAAUAAUUGUUUAAAAUCAUACUUCUACAACAGCGGCUUCCAUUUCGUGUACUGUUGAACUGACUUUCUUUCUUUCUACUAAACAUAGACUAUUAAUAAUAAACAGCUAAAACAAUUAUAACGAACUGGUCAAAUUUGAUUUAUAUGUUCAUUAAUAUGUAAGUAUAUGUACACACUGAAUUUAAUGGCAAAAUACACGACGAUGAUGUCACAGUGCCCACAGAAAUUAUAAGAAAAUUAUUAAAAUGA